AUGGCCGCGAAAUCCUUCAACAAGUUCGAGCAGGACCUCGAGUCUCUCAGGGCCACAGUCGCCACAGCCACCGCCUUGAUUUCCCAACUACAAGACCCGUCAGCCCCAACAGGACACACCCAGUCCGAGCUCAACGCCCUGAAUCUCGCCCACGAUGCAGCGUCUCUGAUCCGCGCGCAUGCCACGAAACUGUCCCUCCUGAUCAUCAACAAGCCAUUCACAGCAUCGGCCAUCGCGACGGUCCUUCGCGAACUCGUCAGUGGUCCUCUGCCAGGCCUUGCGUCUGCGGUGGAGUUGUGCGAUGGCAGGUACACGAAAGCGAUGAGCGAGGAGUUGACCUACCACGCUGCCAGUGUUUUCACCGAAGUAGGAAUCCUGAUCAAUGCCAUUCCGCUCGACGGCAAUAUCCUCAGCGACGAUGCAAAAAACGGCACUGGUUCGACCGCGGGGAAAGGUAGUCUGGCCAUGACGGGCACCGUAUGGCAGGCUUGCGACGCGGUAAUCGAGUUAAAGAAGAUCGGUAUUGCCGGCUUGGCGGUCCGGAAGGCGGAGCAGUACAAGGCGACGCUGAAAGAUGCGCUGGAGGAGCUGCAGGAGUGGGCUGAGGAGGAGUCGGACGGGGAGGACGGGGAUGUGGGGAGUGCGGAUGAGGAUGACGCCCAGAGGGCCGUGGACGAGAUGUUUGGGUCGCAAAAACACAUCUCGGCUGAUGAUCCGGAGAAACUACGGCCGAGAUUGGACGGCUCGCUGAAGAGGUUGCGGUUGCUGAUCUUGAUGUAUCAGGCAGUCGUGAAGAGACGGCUCAAGACUUUGCCUGCAUUUCCUCUGGCUGACUUAGCCAUUGAGACAGGGAGGUCAGAUGGAGCCGAUAAGAGUACAGAGGAGAGCAAGGAACAUGGGGAAAGCAAGGGUGCGUCAGUCGUUCACCGUGUGGACAAGGCUGUAGAGCUGAUGAAGGAACUGCCGGAUAUUGUGGACGAGCUCGCCAACGCCUUCUAUGAACUCGACAAGGAAGAGAUUGACGAGAGGAUGAUACAAUGCUUCACUGCUGGAGCUGAAGCGGUCGAGUCAUUGAAAAAAAACUGGGAAGGAAAAGAGGACGAGUUUACUCUCUGGGCCCAGAAAUUCCAGAAAGCCUUAGUCUGGCAUGAAGGAGAUGUGAAGCCGGGACACCCGAGACGGAAAUCACACGAUUUCCAGAAUUGGAACUUGCAGCAUCGAACCGAUGCUGUCAGGGGAAAUGCUCUAGCCGAGUCGCUCAAGGGCACGACUGAUGAAUUCUUCCACGAUUGGUAUCUAACCUUUUCCGCCUUUGGCUAUUGGAGGCAUCGCGGGCAAUUCAAUUCCACCACACGCCGAGAUCCUCGUCACUCAUGGACACGGCUUACGAUUCACACCAGCCUGGUCACGCAUCCCACGGCACCCGUCGACGCCAACCGAUUCAUCCGAGCAGCCGCAGGUCUUUUCAUUCCUCAGCUCUGA